UUUUCCCACCUUGUUUCUUUCUUUUUUCUUCUUCGGUCUUCUUUUUGGCUAAUUGAAGAUCAAACUGGAUCUGAGCAUGUAUCAGAAUCAGUUUAUAUAUUCACGGGAGCGACGCCGAUUUGGCCGUCAAUGUCUGUUCGGGGAUCACAAUGAGCUGAUGGUCAGUGUUCAUCCCAGCGGACGUUUGCGAUUGAAAUACAUUUUGGGCAAUCCAUCGUCAAGGACAACCCAGUUGAGUAGUCAGUUUGCCUUGUCGGUGAUGACAACGGAAAAUGUUACCCAUGAGCAGCAUGGAAUGUAUCACUAUGAGGGCGGUUGGCCCAAAGAGGUCAACAUCAAUGAUGAGGAGCAAACGCUGAGGCAUCGCAAAAAAGUCGAACGUGAUGAUAAUUGGGGCGAACAGCUCACCCAAUUGAUACGCACUGUGAUGGCUGUGGGUGAACAGAAUAAUGCCAUCAACAUAUAUCAGGAUUAUUUUUCCGAUCUCACCGUUGAGCUGGCCAAUGAGAAUCGCAUGAAAUAUGUGGCAAGGGGCGUCAAUGUUUUCCAUGAUAUUUGGCAUCCCUCCCGUCAUAUAACCAACAUCGAAUGGAUGCCCAACAAUGAGAGGCAGUUUAUGGUUCAGUUUACCAAUUUAUAUCGUUUGCUUCGCAAAAAGAAACGUCAGGUUGCCAAUGAUUAUACGAUGGGCUCGAAUAAUGCCUUCUAUAUAUGGGAUGUUAAGAAUCCCCUGCAACCGAAACUUCAUUACGAUUGUCUGGAUGUUGUGUCACGUGCCAAAAUCUGUCCCAAGGAUGAGAAUAAUCUAGCCGGUGGCACCUAUUCCGGCAAGGUGUGUAUUUGGGCCACACAUGCCACCGGCAUGCCCAUACGUUCAUGUCCUUUGGAAGCUGCCCAUCGUGAGAAGACAUCGGCUCUGUGUUGGGUCCAUUCGAAAUCGAAUACAGAAUUCUAUUCGGGUUCCCUUGAUGGGGCCAUCAAGUACUGGGAUACACGUGAUUUGAAAAUGCCUGUACAUGAGUUACUCUUGGAAACGGAACCACAGGAUCGUCAGGAUCGUCAGAAAUCGCAUGGUGUUACAUUUCUCGAAUUCGAGUACACAAUUCCGGUGCGGUUUGUCAUUGGCAGCGAUAUGGGCUAUGUUUUCGUUGGCAAUCGCAAGGGUAUGACUCCGGCGGAGACUUUACUUGGGAAUUAUCAACUCUUUGCCGGACCCAUAUGGUCAAUAAAUCGUAAUCCAUUCUUUGUCAAGAAUUUCCUUAUCGUUGGCGAUUGGCGUGCCCGUAUUUGGUCGGAGGAAAGUAAAGAUGGCCCAAGUACCAUGUACAUUAAAAAGGAUACCCAACUUACAUGCGGGGCAUGGUCGACGGCACGAUGUUCGCUCUUUGUCACUGGCGAUAAACUGGGAGUGGUUGACUUUUGGGAUUUACUGCUGCAUCAGAGAAAACCAUUUUAUAGCAUUAAUUUCAAUUCAAUGAUAACCGAUUUAGUUUUUCGUUCCGAUGGUGAACUCUUGGCCAUUGGUCUGGCCAAUGGAGAUUGUCAUGUAUUGACUCUACACGAGGCCAUGAAAACAGCCACAGGCAAGGAGAAGGCCCUGAUUGCAUCGAUGUUUGAGCGCGAAAUAUCGCGUAGCAAAAUUCUUGAGGCACGCGCCGAGGAAAUGAAACUAAAACGUCGCACACAUUUGAUACUCGAAGAGGAACGUCUACGUUUGGAGCAAGACCAACAUGAACCCGAAUUGGAACUCGAUCCCGAUAAUCCAGAUCAAUUUGUUGAAAUGAUCAAAGGGGAUCCCGAGUUUCGAGCGGCCAUUGCCGAUGUCCAGAACACUAUGCUGCAGGGUGAACAUAAACGUUCACAACGUCACAUAACCAUGCAGCGUACUGUCUUCGAGCAAAUGUAUUUGGAUAAAUUGCGUCGGGAAUCCCUUGCCGAGGAGGCACGCCGAGCCUCACCGACCCGUGCAUCAAUGGAAAAGCCCAGCAAGGAUAAAGGCAAAUCGAAUGGCAGAAGAAAUUCCAAGAAUAUCAAAUGAUCUCCCAGAUAUGUGUAUAUAUAUGUAUUUCCAUUUUAAA